CUUCUCUCUCCGCCGUCGUCUCCAUUUCUUCGUUAACAUCAUGAACCCUAGUAAUGGCGUUCCUCUUCCGCAUUCGAACAUCGGAAUCUCUAGUCCAGAACGUGACACAAUUCCGAUUGCAAUCUUCAUCUUCAUCUAUUCUCACAUUAAACUCUCUCACUAGCAAGCAGAAGAAGAGUCGAGCUACUCUCUCCCUUCUCAAAUCCGAGAAUAAUCCUGAUCGAAUCCUCGAAAUUUGCCGUUCCGCUUCCCUCACGCCUGAUUAUCACGUAGACCGUAUCAUCUUCUCCGUCGCGGUGGUGACACUAGCAAGAGAGAAGCACUUCGUCGCUGUGUCGCAGCUUCUCGACGGUUUCAUCCAAAACCAACCCGAUCCAAAAUCCGAGAGUUUCGCUGUCCGCGCCAUUGUUCUAUACGGUCGAGCUAACAUGCUUGAUCGAUCUUUGCAAACAUUUCGUGACCUUGAUCAAUACGAGAUCCCGAGGACGGUGAAGUCUCUAAAUGCUCUUCUUUUCGCUUGUUUAAUGGCUAAGGAUUACAAAGAAGCGAAUCGUGUGUACCUCGAAAUGCCAAAGAUUUAUGGCAUUGAACCUGAUCUCGAAACUUACAAUAGAAUGAUUAGAGUCUUGUGUGAAUCAGGUUCAACGAGUUUAUCAUACUCCAUUAUUGCAGAGAUGGAGAGGAAAUGGGUAAAGCCAACAGCUGCUAGCUUCGGGUUAAUGAUUGAUGGUUUUUACAAGGAGGAGAAGUUUGAUGAUGUGAGGAAAGUGAUGAGAAUGAUGGAAGAAUUUGGUGUUCAUGUUGGUGUUGCUACAUACAACAUUAUGAUUCAGUGUUUGUGUAAAAGGAAGAAAUCUUUAGAAGCAAAGGCGUUGAUUGAUGGGGUUAUGUCUUGUAGGAUGAGACCGAAUUCUGUGACGUAUUCGCUUUUGAUUCAUGGGUUUUGCAGUGAGGAGAAUUUGGAUGAAGCUAUGAAUUUGUUUGAGGUUAUGGUGUAUAGUGGAUACAAGCCUGAUAGUGAAUGUUACUUCACUUUGAUACAUUGCUUGUGUAAAGGUGGAGACUUUGAGACAGCUUUGAUCCUUUGUAGGGAGAGUAUGGAGAAAAAUUGGGUUCCGAGUUUUAGUGUCAUGAAGUGGCUUGUUAAUGGACUAGCAAGUCGUUCAAAGGUCGAUGAAGCAAAGGAACUCAUUGCGCAAGUUAAAGAGAAGUUUACCAGAAAUGUUGAUUUGUGGAAUGAAGUCGAAGCUGCAUUGCCUCAGUGAACAAGGUACACAUGGAAAAAGGUCAUUCGUCUUCGAUUUGACACGAGGAUUUGAAGUUUUGAGAUUGGUUAGUUUAGCACAAAUCAUCUGUCAAACUUGGAAUGAAAAGGGGAUAUAGUU